CAAAUCAUGCGCCCGCUGUCUUUCUUUCUCUUUUUAUUAAAAUGCGUAAUUUAGCUUAACCUACGCUUCGAGUCCACACUGCACUGUUACUACAACACUGUUCUCUCUUCUCCCCCUCUGCAUUACUGACAACUGCAUCAGCACUGCCUUAAAUGGGAUCCAGUGUGCGUCUUGCACCCCCUCCCCUCUCUCUCCUCUUUUACUAUCAUGAUUAGCAUGGAUAGCCUACAGGCUAGCUAAGCUUAGCUACCUCCUCCUCAAAAAUUUAUAGCACCCGCCUCUCCUCUCCUCUUCAAUUUAUACUCGUGUCUCCUGGAUCUUAUGUCAUUUUCGAGACCUUUCGUUUCGCUAAAGCUUGGAGCUCCGAUCGGGUCCGUGCAUUUGCUAUCUGAUCCGAACCAAUUCGGAGCUCGACCUAAAAAAUGAAUCCUCUCUGCUGCAUUGCUCCGGUAUCCAUCGAUCGGGAUCGGGCCAACCCGGUUGUGGCCAAAUCAGCGAGUCAGUCGCAAUUAGGACUUGAUUCUUCACUUAGAACCCUAAAUCAAAGUUCAAAACAGAGUUUUUCAGUUCAGGCAUCUCGCGACCUCGACAAGUUUUCAUCGAUUGUAAGUCAAGAAAUCGAAGACUCGAAGGUUUAUAGUGUGAGUGGGAGCGUGAGUGUAGCGGGUAUUCUGUACAAAUGGGUGAAUUAUGGGAAGGGAUGGAGGUCUCGGUGGUUUAUGCUUGAAGAUGGAGUGCUGUCGUAUUAUAAGAUUCAUGGACCUGAUAAGAUUUUGACGAGCCCAGCAGGUAGAGACAAGGGAGUUAGGGUUAUCGGAGAAGGUUCUUUGAGGUACAUGAAAAAAGUCAAUUGGAGCUGUAGCAGCAGCAGCAGCAGCAGUAAUGGUGGUGGUGGUAAUAAUCGGCUCAGGCAGUGCAAGCCAUUCGGCGAAAUUCACUUGAAGGUUUCUUCAUUUCGAGCUAGCAAAUCAGAUGACAAGAGGCUCACCAUAUUCACUGGAACAAAAACUCUUCACUUGUGUUGCGUAACGAGAGAAGAUAGAGCUGCAUGGGUUGAGGCCCUGCAGGCUGCUAAAGAUCUUUUCCCUAGAGCGUUGACAAGCAGUGAUUUUUCACCUUCUGAAGAUGUUGUCAUUUCAACUGAGAAGUUAAGAUCACGGCUAGUGCAGGAAGGUGUUGGCGAGACAGUCGUCAAAGAUUGUGAGUCCAUUAUGUUAUCAGAACUAUCUGAGAUGCAAAACAAGUUGAAGGCUCUGCAACAUAAACACAUCACGUUGCUGGACACAUUGAGGCAAUUAGAGACAGAGAAAAUUGAGCUGGAAACUACUGUGGUAGAUGAAACAAAGGAACGCGAUUCAUAUUGUGGACAAGCAAAUAGACGAUUUAGUGAUUUCUAUUCUGUCAUGUCAGAGGCUAGUGCGAGUGAUUUUGAUGCUGAUAAUGAAAGUCAAGAUGGAGGAGAUGUUGAAUCAGAUGAAGAUGACGGUAUAUUCUUUGAUACAAAUGACUUUUUGUCUGCAGAUGCUUUAAGAAGUGCUUCCUAUCGGAGUAGGGAAGCUACUGGAAAUGCUGGUAUAUAUGAUAAAGAUGGUUCUGAUCAUUUGCUUGGGGCUGAGAAGGAGAUCAUGACAAUUCAAUAUCCGUAUGUUAAAAGAAGGGAUAAUUUGCCAGAACCGAAGGAGAAAGAGAAGCCUGUUGGACUAUGGUCAAUUAUCAAGGACAAUAUCGGGAAGGACUUGUCUGGUGUUUGUCUUCCUGUUUAUUUUAAUGAACCACUCUCUUCAUUGCAGAAGUGCUUUGAGGAUUUGGAGUACUCGUACUUGGUUGACCGAGCAUUGGAAUGGGGAAAGCAGGGGAACGAUUUGAUGAGAAUUCUAAACAUUGCAGCUUUUGCUGUAUCUGGGUAUGCCUCAACAGAAGGUCGACAGUGCAAACCCUUCAACCCUCUCCUUGGGGAGACCUACGAGGCUGACUAUCCAGAUAAAGGACUUCGUUUUUUCUCAGAAAAAGUUAGUCACCACCCUAUGGUAGUUGCUUGCCACUGUGAGGGAAGAGGCUGGAAGUUCUGGGCUGACUCCAAUCUCAAAGGGAAGUUUUGGGGGCGGUCUAUUCAGCUUGAUCCUGUUGGUGUCCUCACCCUCCAGUUUGAGGACGGUGAGACCUUUCAGUGGAGCAAGGUCACCACCUCCAUAUACAACAUUAUACUUGGUAAAAUUUAUUGUGACCACUAUGGAACAAUGCGCAUCAAGGGCAGUGGAAACUACUCUUGCAAGCUCAAGUUCAAGGAGCAGUCCAUCAUAGACCGGAAUCCCCAUCAGGUCCAUGGUUUUGUACAAGAUAAUAGAACAGGAGAGAAGGUAGCAAUGCUGGUUGGGAAGUGGGAUGAAGCAGUGUAUUAUGUGCUUGGGGAUCCAACUACAAAGCCAAAGGGUUAUGAUCCAAUGACGGAGGCUGUCUUGCUCUGGGAAAGGGACAAAUCUGUUACCAAGACGAGAUACAAUCUCACCCCUUUUGCAAUAUCUUUGAAUGAACUCACUCCUGGCUUGUUGGAAAAAUUGCCUCCUACCGACUCAAGAUUGAGACCAGAUCAGAGACACUUAGAAAAUGGGGAAUAUGAGUUGGCUAAUUCAGAGAAGUUGAGACUGGAGCAGCUACAAAGACAGGCAAGGAAAUUGCAGGAAAGGGGGUGGCAACCAAGAUGGUUUCGGAAGGACGAGGAUGGAUGUUAUUGUUAUAUGGGUGGGUACUGGGACGCAAGAGAAAGAAAGAACUGGGACAGAAUUCCUGAUAUAUUCGGUCAGAGCACUGAUCCGUUUUCAUGUUUAGCAGAAGAGUAAGCAAGCAAGCGGUUUCGAAUGUCUCAGCAAAUAUAUUUUGGUUCCCAUCCUCCCUGUAUUUUAUUUGUUUUUCUCCCUUCCCUCUGUUCAACUGGGAAUUCAAAACGAGAGUUGUGAUAUUUAAAGUUGCUUUUGUUCUGCUGCAAA